UCGAUUUCGAGACGAAUUGUUUAUUUUGUGAAAAAGAUGCAUCUGAAACAUUUUUGAAAAAUCAAGCAAAAAAAAAUGUUUCGAAACGGGAAACUGUGAGUCUCAUCAAAGAUUCGAGAGAUAAUAUAUUACUUCAGGCUGCACUGCGAUCAGAUGCAUGGUCCAACGAAGUUAUGGAACGCAUACUUUUGACCGAUAAUUUAACUGUGGCAAAAGCUUGAUAUCACAGUUUCUGUUUUUCAAAAUUCAUGCGUGCGCCUUCAGAAACAACAAAUCAAUCUCAAGAAGAUACUCCUCACAUUGUAACUCUUAUUGAAAAAUUUAUUCAAGACCAUCCUGACGAACGUAAUUUUUCUCUCAAGAAAAUUACCGACAAUUUCACCGGACCAGUUCCAAACAAUCAAUGGCUCAAACGGCAAUUAUAUGAAAAACUUGGCAAUGAGAUAAUAAUAACAUCCAUUCCCGGUAAUGAGCCUAUAAUUUACUUACGUGACACGGGCCAUAAAAUUUUAUUAAAACAUUUUCAAGAGUCCGAAGACGAUGAGUCCGAACGCCGUAAAAUUGUGUCUGCGGCUGCGAAGAUUAUUGCACAAGAUAUCCGUUCUGAAAAUUAUGAAUUAGAUCAUUAUCCGUCUCUGCAUUCAUUUCUCGAUAACGUUGAAAAGGUGAUCCCAAAUUCAUUAAGAUUAUUUCUUGAAAGUGUUAUUUUGGGUAAUAAGCAAGAAAAACAAAAUAAAUACUUAUCGAAAAUAGUAUCGAUUGCUCAUGCGAUAAUCGCUAGCGUUCGCCCACGCAGCUUUUUAUCUUCUCUUUAAAUUGGGUUGGGCGCAAUGUUAAACAGAAAAUUCGGCUCUAAAAGUUUAUUGAAUAUUUUAUCGUCGUUAGGAUUCUGUUGUUCUUACGACGAUAGUUUGUUGUUUGAGGCUUCCAUAUUAAUGGAACCGAGCAAUGCCAGCAUCGCCAGCGAUUCAUUUUCCCAAUUCGUUUUUGAUAAUGCUGACCACAAUAUCAAUACUAUUGACGGGUUACACACAUUCCACGCUAUGUGUGGCAUUGAAUGCGUUACUCCAGCUUCUGCUGUCUCAUGUGGUUCAAGCAUUCCCAAAUUGAAAAAACUUCCCUCGGCAGAAACUAUAGGCAAAUUCGGCGCAAUUGCUAUAAAAAAUUUUGAUGGGUACAGAAAGUCAGGACUCGAAAAUGUUUUAGUUGAAAAUCUAAAUCUAAAAAAUCCGACUGUACGAUAUGAAUUCGAUAUAAAAUCAGCAGAUUUUUUAUGGCUCUAUAAUUAUAAAACGAGUUGUACUGACGUCCAAGGCUGGAACGGAUUUAUGGAAAAUGUUAAUAAAGAUAAACAAUACGUGAUAUCGCGUAUCGUAUGCCUUCCGUUUUUAAAUAGCCCUCCUGGCAAUUAUGACACAAUUUAUACAGUUCUAAACCUAGCAGCAGAACGAAUGAAAUCGAAAAAUCAAAACAUAGCCUUCGUGACUUUUGACCAGCCUCUUUAUAUGAAGGCAAUGGAAAUCAUGCAUUGUUCAGAUGAUCCAAAUUUGAAAAAUGUUGUAAUAAGAUUAGGGGGCUUUCAUUUGUUAAUAUCCUUCUUAGGCGCUAUCGGCAAUAUAAUGGAUGGAAGUGGUUUGAAAGAACUGUUUUCUGAAAUAUACGCACCCGCUUCCGUCGACAAAAUGUUAGCAGGGCAUGCUUAUUCUCGAGCUGUAAGAGCCCAUACGUUAUCACUUUGCGCAUUGGCCCAGAUUAUACUAUCUUUCACAGACUUUUCGGAACAAGAUAUUUUAAAGUUAACAGCACUUCUUCAAAAUCCUCAUACUGUUUUGGAAAGUAUAAAAAAAGACUCACAGUUUAAUAAUAUUAAGAACAAUUUUAUCGCAACUGUGGAAAAACUUUCGAAAAAUAGUGGAACCGCAAAAUUAUGGACUCAGUACUUUCACAUGGUAACACUUGUAAAGAUGUUUAUAGAAGCAGAAAGAAGUGGUAAUUGGCAGUUGCAUCUGGAAACAGUUCAGAAAAUACUACCAUAUUUCCAUUCAAGCGGUCAUCACCUUUAUGCAAAAUCUGCACAUCUGUAUUUGCAAAAUAUGUACAAUUUAUCGGAAAAAAUGGAUAAAGCAGAAUACGAACAGUUUGUUGAAGGGUGUUUUACUAUUAGACGCACAGAUAAGUUUUGGAGUGGUAUUUGGUCAGAUAUGACUAUUGAACAAUUUCUCAUGAGAUCGAUGAAAGAUAUAGGAGGACCAACACGAAGCCUGUCUGAUAGUGUUUUGUCUAAAUGGGUAUUAACAACGCCAGCACUAGUUUAUCUUACUGAGUCAAUCACAGAGUUUUGUAAUGUUUUUUUGGCCAGCACUGAGCAGCAUAUCGAUGCGCGACCUACACGUAUUUCACGAGAUAAUGCGGAUGUUAAAAAACUAACAGAUUGGUUCGAUAAUCAUAAUCCGUUUCCGCACAUGGAAGGUAUAAUUUCUUUGAGUAGUGGAUUAAAAGGUGAUAGUAAAAUAAAUUGCCACGAAGCUUUAGAAAUCGGAUUAACCUGCUUAGAAAAUACGUGGCGAAUAACUGAUGAUCAGUGUCCAAAAACUUUCAAAGAUAUUAAAUUCAAAAAAAUUAAUAAGAUUCUGUCUCUUAAAUCAUUGGUUUCUUUGGUGAAAGUUGCCGACAGAACAGUUACCAUUGAUCCUUCACUUCUAUUUCAAAGAAUUUGCGUGCUUCAGAAAACCGAAAGUGAAUUAAAAUCUUACUUUAAUCAUGAACUAGUGCCUUAUCCCCUGUCAUUAUUUGACGACAAUGGAAUGCGAAAAACACCGAAGUCGAAGCUGUAUAAUUUUUUCACUCCAGUUGAACCACAAGUCAAGGCACCGAAUAAUGCGUAUGUUAUCGAUGGCGGGUUUUUAUUGCAUAAGAUAGUUUGGCAGUCGACAGAGAUAUUCAAAGACAUUUUGGAUCGAUAUGUGAAUUACCUGGUGAAUAACUAUUCUCCUAACUGCAUAGUAGUUUUCGAUGGCUAUCCCGAAAAAGCAGAUGAGAUGUUUACGAAGAGCGCUGAACGGCAACGUAGAACGCGGGCUAAUUGUGCUCCGGAAGUGAAAUUUGAUUUACAUAUGCCUUCAACUCUGACACAAGACAAAUUUUUGUCCAACGAAAAAAAUAAAUCGCAUCUCAUUUACAUGUUAUCGGAAAAACUAAGAAAUGUAGGCUUUGGGGUCAAACAAGCACAAGAAGACGCGGAUUAUUUGAUUGUAGAAACGGCGAUUUCAAUCUCCGAUCAAUAUCAUUCGGUAUUUAUUGUAGGCGAAGAUAUUGAUCUACUCGUUAUUUUGACGCAAAAUGCCGAUUCAAAAAAAAAACCUAUAUUACAUUAAGCCAGGCCGAGGAACAGUUGAAGAAAAAAUCUUUGGUGUAAAUAGUUUCAUGUAUCCCGAAAUCGUUUCAUUUAUCCCGAAAUGGAUAAAACCGAAAAUGUAUCGGUUUUAUCCAUGCGUUCACUGGUUGUGACACGACGUCAGCGUUAUACAAACAAGGGAAAGCUAAGCUAAUUAAAUUGUUAAAAAAUGAUUUGAACGGGCUGAGAAUGGAUGCUGAGGUUUUCAAUAAUCCAAACGCUAGUAAAAGUUCAGUGAACGCUGCUGGCCAGAGAAUAAUCAUGGCUAUGUAUGGUGCUAAAAAAAUAGAUGAUCAUUCGUUCCACGAAUUUCGCUAUUUGUGCUUUUCAAAAUCUACCCUCAAAAGUACUUUUAAUUUAAGCGCUCUUCCUCCGACUGAUAUGGCCGCCAAUGAACAUUCACUCAGGACUUACUUACAACUUCGUGAAUGGCAUGGCGAUAAUUCCAAAGACCCAAUGCAGUGGGUUUGGAAAAAAUUAAUAAUACUUUAAUACCAAUAACCUUAAAGGAAGAGCUAAUUCCUCAAGAACUCCUGGAAAUUAUAUCAUGCGGCUGUGAUAAAGGGAAUUGUUUGUCAAACUGUACAUGUAGGAAAUUAGGCCUUAAAUGUGCGGUUGUUUGUAAAAUGUGUCAUGGACAAAGUUGUUCGAACACAGCUGAACCUGAUUUAAAUAUAAGCGAUGACGAAAUUGACGAUGAUCUUGAGGUAGAAACAGAUCUGAUCGAAAGUAACGAAGACGUAACGUAUGCGUUGGAUACUAAUGAAAAUUAAGAAUUCGAUGAUGAUUCAAUGGUACAUUAU